AUGGGUUGUCGGAGGAUAUUGUUUGAAGAAGCAGGGCCGUCCGCGCCGAGUAGGGACUCUACGGAUAGCCCUUCACCGAAAAGGCUGGAGAUGAACGACAUGAGAGUCGCCGUCGACGUGAGAAAUACAGAAGUGCCGGAAAGGAAGGCCACUAAUGUACGGGAAGAACACGCGGAUGACAUAAACAAGCUUAUUGAAUUCUUCAAGGAUUGUGAGGCUCAAAACCCGCAGUUCCGAUGGGAACCCAAGCUGGACUCUGAAGGUGUUAUACACAGCUUAUUCUGGAGUCAUGCAAGCAUGCAGGGCGAUUAUGCAGAUUUUGGUGAUGCAAUGAGCUUUGACACAACUCAUAAGACUAACAUUUAUGAGAAGCCACUAGCAAUGUUUGUUGGAUCAAACCACCAUCUGCAGAAUACAUUGUUUGGAUGUGCAUUGGUAGGAGAUGAAACAGCUGAAACUUUUGAAUGGGUGUUCAAAGCAUUCAAAAAGUGCAUGGGACAAAGUAGAACAAGGUGUAUCCUCACAGACCAAGACCAGGCAAUGGGAGUGGCGAUUGCCAAAGAGUUCCCAGGGGUUGUUCAUAAGAUUUGCAGAUGGCAUGUGGUGAACAAGCACAUGCCACAUCUAACCAACCUCUUUGGGAUGUAUGCGAAGAAAAAUUUCAAGGACAAAUUUUAUUCUGUGCUAAACCACCCACUCACCCCUGUGGAGUUUGAGGCCGCUUGGCAGGAACUAUUGGAUGAGUUCGACCUACAAAAGGAUGGCACUUUAGAUAGCCUUUACUGCCAGCGACAACUGUAUGUUCGCCAAAAAAUGCUUGACUUCAUGCAUUCACGUAAGAUGAAGGAGUCUGAAGAGUCGUACCAUGGAACGAGCAAAAGGCUCACAAGAAGCAAGUGGCCAUUUGAAAUACAGGUUUCAAGAAUUUAUACUAGAAAUGUUUUCAAAGACUUUGAAAAGAAGAUGAUCGAUUGCACGGCUUUCGAUAUAGAAGACAAUCCAAUAGAGGGUGAAACAUGCUAUCUGGAGUUAUCAGAUUGUAGUGAAAGUGAUGAUGGCUAUGGUGACAACACAAAUGAUGAACAAUUGGCGAAAAGGGUUACCCAGGAAUUGGGACAAGCGAACGUGGAUGGAAAUGAAGCCAGAGAGAGUAUAAAGGGGAAAAUGGUUCUUGCAACAAAUCUGUGUAUUCCAGUCUUUGUUGUCUACACAUUAGUAUUUGAGGAGAUGUGCCUUGUGGAAGGGGAGCUUCCGGACAAACUAGCGAGGAAUGGGACAACAGAAGGCGAGAUUAGCACGAAUGGGGAGAACACGAGGCGGAGUUUCCAGCAGAUUGGACGGUGA